GGGACGAGAGCACAGCUGAAAUAUGCUCCAGUCAGGCCAGCUCAAGCACUGAAUGCGUUUGUCUCACAGUGGGACCCCUGAACAUGGACCCUCUGACGGAGUUCCCCUUUAUGGAGGAUGAGGGGCUGACCAUGAAGAGGACAGAGCCUCUCCGGGACCCUGACUCAGACGUGUAUGCCAAGUUCUUCAUGAGUCACUGCUGCUACGAUGCCAUUCCAACGAGCUCCAAACUGGUCAUCUUUGACACAACACUGCAGGUGAAAAAAGCAUUCUUUGCACUGGUUGCAAACGGGGUCAGAGCGGCACCUUUAUGGGAUAACAAGCUGCAAUGUUUUGUAGGGAUGCUCACCAUUACAGACUUUAUCAACAUUCUCCAUCGUUACUACAGAUCCCCCAUGGUUCAGAUCUAUGAGCUGGAGGAACACAAGAUUGAAACAUGGAGAGAGGCCUAUCUACAGUAUUCUCUCAACUCCCUGAUCAGCAUCACACCUGACUCCAGCCUCUUCGAAGCCAUUUAUUCCUUACUGAAGAACAAGAUUCACCGGCUACCCGUCAUAGAUCCAGAAUCAGGGAACGUCCUCCACAUACUCACCCAUAAACGCAUCCUCAAGUUCUUACACAUCUUUGUAAGAGCUUUUAUGUUGUACUUUUGAUAUCACCAUUCAAUAACAGUGCACUCAGUCAUUUUAAUUCAUUAAAAAAGUUAAACUACUGUUGGC